ACGAAAGAGCAGCUCGAGGAACUAAAUAAAGAAAUCAAGAGAAUUGCCAACAAAAUCAGAGCUAAGCUAAAAGGUAUGGAACAAUCUUUUGAUCAGGAUGAAAAUGCAAACAGAACAUCUGUGAACCUUCGCAUACGAAAAACACAGCAUUCAGUGUUGUCAAGAAAAUUUGUAGAAGUCAUGACAGAGUACAAUGAAACUCAAAACCUAUUUCGUGAACGAAGCAAAGGUAGAAUACAGCGGCAACUUGAAAUAACUGGAAAAACUACCACUGAUGAAGAACUGGAAGAAAUGUUAGAAAGUGGAAAUCCCUCUAUUUUUACUUCAGAUAUCAUAUCAGAUUCACAGAUUACUAGGCAAGCUCUCAAUGAAAUUGAAUCUCGGCAUAAAGAUAUUAUAAAAUUGGAGUUAAGCAUACGGGAGCUACAUGAAAUGUUUAUGGACAUGGCCAUGUUGGUUGAAACUCAGGGUGAUACAGUCAAUAACAUAGAAAAAAAUGUUAUGUGUGCAGUUGAAUAUGUAGAGCGUGCCAAAGAAGACACCAAAAAAGCUGUCAAAUAUCAAAGCAAGUCCCGAAGAAAAAUGAUUUUCUUAGCUAUUUGUAUUGCUGUCACCAUCAUGAUCCUUGCUAUUGUCUUAGCAGCUACUCUGGGUUAGCAGACAUCUCCAAGAAGCUUGGCAUGACGUUUUUGGGGACUUAGUAAAACAUUCCUGUUUCAAGUGAAGGGUCAGCAAAUCCCCUUGGUUUGAAAGUCUUAAACAUUAUCGUCAGUUAUUAUUCCAAGAAAUGUUAGAAGUCUUACAUAUUAUCAUCAUUUAAUAUUCUGAGAAACGUUAAAAGUCUUUGACAUUGUCAUCAUUUUAUACUCUCAGAAAUUUUCAGGCUAAACUUGAAAGAGAUAGCAAUUGUAGAAAUAAUACUAUGGCAUCGAGUAGACUGUCAUUACUAUUUUUAACUUAUUACUCUGUUUACAGUGCCUUCUCCUAUUUUGUGCAAAUGGCAUCAUCCUAUUUUUUUUUCUUUUGGUGCAGCAUUAUGACAAGGUGGGGGGGGGGGGGUCCAUGACCAACUUCCAGCUGUACUAAUUUUACUUGACUCGUUAGCAAUUUGACUGUGCUCUUAAAGUGGCAGAAAACCUACCAGGGACAUUCUUUCACAUCUGCCAAGAGUACAGAGUGCCUGCUUUUGAUUUUUUUCCUUUAUAUCUUCGCAGUCCGUCAUGAUGGGUGUCGGUACCUGCUGCUUAGGGCACACAUGUGGUGGCAUUUCAGUCACACUAUUACUCUGAAUGUCAUGAGUUCCCUGUGUUAGUGUGCACUGUAACACUGCCUGCCUUUGUGCUGUCUGCUCAGUUUGACUUGAAUGUUAAGUAGGAGUUCAAGUUCCUUACGUGGUAGGUAUAUUGUAACUUGCUGUGCCAGGCAUGCUCAUAAAACUUUAAGGAUGCCCCCUUGAUGCAGCUUAAACAGUGACUUGCAUUUUGGACCUGGUUUCUGUUCUUGCAUUUUGGACCUGGUUUAUAGCAUUGCAACAUGGAACAUUGUAAAUAUGUGAGGGUCUACAUUUUCAGUGCCUGAAAUGACACCAGUGUUUCUUACAGGUUUGGUCACCAGUAUGAAUUUUGUUUAAGCUGCUUAAGAACAGCAUGGAUCAGUAUAGUUUAGUUCUGUGUACUUAAAGGCUGUAACAUCAUAUAAGCACUUUGUAACAAGUGAAAGCAGUUAUUUUCACAUUGGUUAUCAUUGUUGACAGAUAAGUCAUAGUUUUGUUGUCAGUUAAAAGUACACAAUCUGGGCUCUCUAAUAUUGUAUUAUUGUUGUGCCGACAUUGAAUUAUGAAGCAGUACAUGUCACAUUACAGCCAAACAUUGAUUUCUGCAGUAAUUUGCACUCUUUACUGGUCUUUGCGGUGAUAAACUGAGUGUUGUAUCGAAACUGGCCGAUUGUCCUGCACCUUUUGUUUUCCUUUUCAUUUAAUUUUUCCAGCUGUAUAAAAUGUUCUUUAUUGUAAAAAAAAGAAGAUAGUUUUAGUUCUGUUUCAUACAAGUUCCAUGUAGCAGUCGAUUAUUUGUGGUGAGUUUUGUGUCAAAAUAAAAUAAAAGGCCAGA